AUGGUGGAGGCAAGGGACGCAGAGCUGGCGUUUGCGAAUGCAAUAGACGGCUUCGCGAGCAGCCACGAGGACUCGCUCAGUGUGUCCAUCGGAGGUCCAGUGCUAACGCCAUUCAUAGACACCCUAAAGGAGCUCAGGUCGCACAAGGACAUUCUCAAAUCACAGGUGGAGCACAUGCUCAUUGACCGUCUGGCCAAGUUCAAGGACACGGACCUGCACAACCUCAAGGAGGUGCGCAAGCGGUUUGACAAGGCCAGCCAGCAGUACGACCAGAUGAGGGAGCGGUUUCUGUCAAUGAAGAAGGACACGCGCGCGGAGGUCAUGGGGGAGGCGGAGGACGACUUUCAGACCGCCAGGAUGCACUACGAGAAGGCCAGAUUCGCCCUCGUGGCAGCGCUGUCGAGCAUAGACUCGAGGAAGAAGUAUGAGUUCAUAGAGUCCAUUGCCUCCACCAUGGAUGCCCACCUGCGCUUCUACAAACAGGUGCGCCUCUCCACUCCAGGAGGCUCUCUUAUGUGCCGCGUGUGCAUGCAUCGUGUAUGGCCUGUUCACUCCCACUUCUUUCCCCCGCCACCAAACCCCGUCCCUUCCCCACCCCUUCCCCCCCAUCCGGUGCGCCAUGGCAUGGGAGGCAGAGCUACGAGGGCCCCGCUACUUGUGACCACCACCCGCACUCUCCACUCCUCAUCCUCCUCUCCUGCACUACACCACCAACCGCCUACGUCCACCUACCAUCCCCAUGCUCCUUUCCAGGUGCUGACAUACGCGCAGCAGGCGCGGGAGCAUGGGAACCAGGAGCAGGCGGUGCUGGGGGAGCGCAUGGGCGAGUACCAGCGCGACAAGGAGAUGGAGCUCGCCCGGGGGGACGAGAGCGCACAGGCCGCUGAGCGCAUAGGCGGGGGGGGCGGCGGGGGAGGGCCGUACCAGGCGCUGCUGGGGGCCGGUGGAAGUAACUCGCGGGUGCGCUAG